AUGGACUCCAGCAAGUUCGCUACGUUCUUCGGCAACGUGCCCACCUUCACGAUACCGGGACGAACCUUCCCCGUCGAAACUUUCUACUCGAAAAAUGUCUGCGAGGAUUACGUUGACGGAGCUGUCAAACAAGCGCUUCAGAUACACCUUCAGCCCGACGAUGGCGACAUACUAAUAUUCAUGCCCGGUCAAGAGGACAUCGAAGUCACUUGUGAGGUGCUAACGGAACGUUUAGCAGAUCUAGACUCAGCUCCGCCACUAACAGUCUUACCGAUAUACUCCCAACUACCGGCCGACCUGCAGGCGAAGAUAUUCCAGCGAGCUCCGCCCGGACAGAGGAAGUGCAUCGUUGCUACCAAUAUUGCUGAAACAUCCCUGACUGUCGACGGCAUUAUGUAUGUUAUCGACAGCGGGUAUUGUAAACUGAAAGUGUAUAAUCCCAGAAUUGGUAUGGAUGCGCUACAAAUAUACCCAGUAAGUCAAGCCAACGCUCGACAACGAGCCGGCCGAGCGGGUAGAACGGGUCCAGGCAAGGCUUUCUGCCUCUAUACUCAAAGACAGUACCAACAGGAACUACUGCCUGCCACUGUACCGGAAAUACAGCGAACUAAUCUAGCUAACACCGUUCUCUUGCUGAAAUCUUUGGGCGUUGAAGAUCUUUUAGCGUUCCACUUCAUGGACCCUCCUCCACAGGACACAAUCCUGAACUCAAUGUAUCAGCUUUGGAUCCUAGGAGCCCUAGACGGCACGGGAGCCCUAACUCCUUUAGGACGACAAAUGGCUGAAUUUCCCCUCGAUCCGCCUCAAUGCCACAUGCUCAUCGUGUCCGCUGAAAUGGGAUGUAGCGCUGAAGUGCUCAUUAUUGUAUCAAUGUUGUCUGUGCCGACCGUUUUCUACCGCCCUCAAGGGCGGGAGGAAGAAGCCGACUCGGUGAAGGAAAAGUUCCAAGUUCCCGAAUCUGAUCAUCUGACACUCCUGCAUUUGUACAAUCAGUGGAAAUCUAACAACUAUUCCAGCGCGUGGUGUACAGAACACUUUGUACACGCGAAGGCGAUGCGAAAAGUUCGGGAAGUUCGUCAGCAAUUAAAAGACAUCCUCACACAACAACGGCUACCGCUCACUUCCUGUGGCACCGACUGGGACACCGUACGAAAGUGUAUCUGCUCCGCGUAUUUCCAACAGGCAGCUCGUCUAAAGGGCAUAGGAGAGUACGUGAACUGCCGAACAGGCAUGCCCUGCCACCUCCACCCCACGUCAGCCCUGUUCGGCCUGGGGAACUCCCCCGACUACGUGGUGUACCACGAGCUGAUGAUGACCAGCAAGGAGUACAUGCACUGUGUCACGGCUGUGGACGGUCGCUGGUUGGCUGAACUCGGGCCCAUGUUCUUCUCAGUCAAGGAGACGGGCAAAUCAAAUCGUGAUAAACGUAAAGAAGCAGCGGUACACCUACAGCGUAUGGAAGAAGAGAUGAAGGAAGCAGAGGUGAAGAUGGCAGAAGAGAAGAAAAAGAGAGACCAAGAAGUUCCCGUGAAGCAAGAGAUCGCGACACCGGGCCUCAACACGCCCCGGCGUACUCCGCAUCGACUGGGCUUGUAAUAAUAACCAAGUCAUACCGCUGGAACCCGCUAUCAACUUUACAAAAAAAAAUUGUCAUUUAUCAAUCCAUAGCCAUCCAGAGCCUAUAUGUCGAAAAAAUAAUCUUCCUAGUUAACACGGUCACAUAAAAAGAUCUUAGAACAAAUUAAAUAUGGGCGGUAGUAGUGAUAAGGUUAUCUUAUUACUAAUCAUUUUUAUACUAGUUAUUUAAGUUGACACAUAUACAGUUAGCAAUAAAAAGAAGAAAAAAAAGCAAUGUCGAAUAAAAAUGUUUUAGGUCAAUUAAAACAUUCAUUUAUAUUUACAGUUUUUUUUUUUUUGCUGUUUUGUUUAUUAAAUAUAACCAUACCUACUGAUGACUGAUGAUAUGUACAAUAGGUUUGUAUUUAUUUUAAAUGUAUGUAAAACGCUGAUAUAAAUAAAUUCAUUAAAAGUUAUAUUCUCUGCAAA